AUGCCGUUACAGCACGCCUGUGCUGUUUUUCUGGCGUGCUUCGGCGGCGCUGGCCUGACUCGCGGUCGCGCCAAACACUCGGGUAGAAAUAAGUUCUUGCGAAUACUGGACUGCUCUGUCUCCUGUCGUGCCGUACCGCCUUGCUUCGACCGCAGAUCAGACGUUUGCUACCAAAACUGUUGGGGGAAGAGAAACGCGGUGAUAUUGAGUGGAAACAGCUUCCAUGUGUUUGACCAAGGCCAAUUUGCCAAGGAGGUGCUUCCAAAGUACUUCAAACAUAACAACAUGGCCAGCUUUGUACGGCAGCUCAAUAUGUAUGGCUUUCGAAAGGUUGUCCACAUUGAGCAGGGAGGAUUGGUGAAGCCAGAGAAAGAUGAUACUGAAUUCCAGCAUCCGUACUUCAUCCGAGGCCAGGAACAUCUCCUGGAGAACAUCAAGAGGAAAGUAACCAGCGUAUCCAGUAUAAAGAAUGAGGAUAUAAAGGUUCGGCAAGACAAUGUAACCAAGUUACUGACUGACAUCCAGGUGAUGAAAGGAAAGCAGGAGAGCAUGGACUCCAAGCUGAUAGCCAUGAAGCAUGAGAAUGAGGCGCUGUGGAGGGAAGUAGCCAGCUUGAGGCAGAAGCAUGCUCAGCAGCAGAAAGUUGUCAAUAAGCUUAUCCAGUUUUUGAUUUCAUUGGUGCAAUCCAACCGUAUUCUUGGGGUGAAGAGGAAGAUCCCCCUGAUGUUGAACGACAGCAGUUCAGCACAUUCCAUGCCGAAAUAUAGUCGCCAGUACUCCUUGGAGCAUGUCCACGGCUCAUCCCCAUACGCAGCUUCUUCCCCAGCAUAUAGUGGCUCCAACCUGUAUUCCCCGGAUUCUUCAGCCAACUCUGGUCCCAUUAUCUCCGACGUGACCGAGCUAGCCCAGUCCAGCCCUUCGGCAUCUCCCAGCGGCAGUCUCGAUGAAAGGAGUAGUCCUGUGGUCCGUAUCAAAGAAGAACCCCCUAGUCCCGCCCGCAGCCCCCAGAUAGAGGAGGCCAGCCCAGGGAACCCUCCUGCUGUUGAAACUCCUCUGUCCCCCUCCACAUUCAUUGACUCCAUCCUGCAGGAGAAUGAACCCAGCACUACGACCGCUGCAGCCGGCGACAGCACCACACAGCCUCAGCCCCAGGAAAAGUGCCUCAGCGUUGCCUGCCUCGACAAUUUGACUCGCACUUCGCAGAUGUCAGAGGUCACUCGUCUUUGCCCCAGUUCUUCCUCUUCCUCACUUCAUUGCAGAUCACAGCAAGGGAGUGAACUCAACGACCAUCUGGACACCAUCGAUUCCAACCUGGAUAACCUUCAGACGAUGCUGACCACACACGGCUUCAGCGUAGACACAAGCGCACUAUUAGACAUUCAGGAUCUCCUUUCAUCCCAGGAACAGCAGAAACCUACUGAGACAGAGGCCAGCACAGCAGACACAGGAAAGCAGCUGGUGCACUACACGGCCCAGCCCCUCUUCCUGGUGGACUCGAGCGCUGUCGACAUGGGGAGCGGAGACCUGCCGAUAUUCUUUGAGCUGGGGGAAGGGCCGUAUUUCACGGACGGAGACGAGUACUCGGAAGAUCCCACCAUCUCCCUCUUGUCGGGGACUGAGCAGUCCAAACCCAAGGACCCUGCGAUAUCCUAAGGCCCAGGGCGGGGUGAAAGAGAGGAAGAGAAAGAAUACGCACUAAAGGGAAAUCCAGCCGUCAGCCUCCUCGCUGUGCACAGACAUUGAAAGCUCUAAACACCCUCUGGUUCAUGUUUGCUUCCCCCGGCACUGUGAGGAUUUCAUUUGUGUGUGUGCUUAAUGAGGUGUUUUGAAAUC